CAUUCGCAAUGUGCGAGUUGCAACCAUGCAAACUGAUCCUUCCAGAUCAUUGCAAGGUUGUAAUACAAAAUGACAAGUAGAUCGACUUGCCAGAACCUUGAGCGAGGUCUUUAUGGCUUUGCUGGUUGGGCAAGCAAAGGUCAGCCGGAAUGCUUCCGCUACAUUGGCGUUUCAGAAGUACCGUCAAGAAACUUCCCAAAAAGAUGACGAGGUCGACUCAAGAUCAAACUAUGUCAAGAUCGACAUCGAGCGUGUGGAUUCAAGGUUCAGAGCGAAGCUGCACCUUGAGGUAGCGAAGAGUUUCGCGGUGUUUGGACCUGCAAGAGAAAGCAGACCAGAAGCCAUCAAUGAUGGAGCAGAGAUGGGAAAAGCAUUUGUUUCUGAUGGUGCAGCAGGAACGCGACGAGUGGCUGCUGCUUUGAGUGCCCGCAAGUGGUCUCUUAAGGAGAUUGAAAAUGCCGACGAGAGUCUUCUGGAGGGAUUCGUCAUCAGCAACCGGGGGUCAACCAGCGACGCCAAGAAACGGCUUAUUCCAAGAGGAGAGGGAUGGGUACGGCAUGAUGAUGUAACUCUGGUGAACCCCCAGAGUCAGGUGCUCUUUCUGCAGGAAGGUGCACGAGCUGGAAGCUACAUGAAACAAGAUCCGGGCACAAAGAAGCUGACGGAUGUGAGUGAGCCUCAUGUGCCACAAGAAUUCAAGGCCUCUAUUCGUGGUGCCACUGCGUCAUGGAUCCGAAAGGGUGCCAAAAUGGAUCGGGCAGUGCUUCUCAAUGACAUUACCAAAAUUGCCAGGUUGGCCCUGAAGUUCCCGCUGAGCUUUGUUGACUUGCCAGCCUGUGCCUAUGCAAUCUUCCAAGGCUUGCGAAGUGCAGAAUCUGCCCAGUGGUGUGCUGAAAACUUUCACAAGAAGUUGCUACCCUUCUUAGCGGAGCAGAUCCACACUUACGAGACAAUCCAGCUGAAAAGACUUCUCGAGAGGACCCUAGAGGCUCUGGAUGCUGAAAUCCUGAAGAGUGCUCAUGCAUUUAGUGGCUGCUCAGCCAUUCUUGUCCUUGUUUUGGGGGAGAGAGUGGUACUGGCAGGUGUCGGCCACGUGCGCGCCGUGCUGCUGCCCGAGAAGGGUGCGCCAAGAGAGAUAUUGGCAAAUGCCUCAGGGACGAACUGCAAAGUUGAAUCGCACUCGUCCUGAAAUGUUUGGCAUUUUAUAGUGCAACUUUAGGAAUAAGCGCAGAGACACCCAACCAUCACCCAGGAAUACAUACACAAAUACCAAUGUAUUUGCAAAGCUUUGCACCUGACAUCGGGCUGAAAAUGCUGAAAGAUUCUGGCAAUUCUCAAAGCAGGUGAGACUCAAGGGUCGGC